CCGCCUCCGAGGUUAGCCCACGUGCUGCGGGCUGCCUGCGAGGUGCCUGUCUGAGUUUCCCGGUGAGAAUUAUCUCCUGGUAUCAUGGACCCGUUCGGUUGGUACUCUCCGCCCGGGCCGCCCCCCGUGCUAACGCUUCCGGAGUUUGAGUCUGAUCAGUCUGCGGACUGGAAAUCCUGGGUGCUUCCUCCUCCGCCGCCCCCACCGUCCAUUCCGCCGCCUCACCUGCCUCCUCCUCACCUCCCCGCCUCAUCCGAGAACUCCUGGGACUUCCAGCCGGCGCGGGACUGGUCCUGGGCGCCGGCUCCAGGCUACGACGGCUUCGACCCUCAGCAGGGACACUGGUACCAACAGCCAGGCAGAAACUAUCAUUUCCCCAAGAAAAACCGUGAUAGAUCAAAUCGAAAUUUCAAAAAUCACCAAAAUGGAAAACAGAAACAAAAGAAAAAUAAAGAACCAGUUUAUACCCAUUACUGUGAUACUUGUGAUCGUGGCUUUAAAAAUCAAGAAAAAUAUGAUGAGCACAUCUCCCAGCAUAGAACAUGCUCGGUUGAUGGUUGCAGUUUUAGCGCUCAUGAGAAGAUUGUUCAGAUUCACUGGAAAAAUAUGCAUGCUCCUGGUGCCAAGCGGAUAAAAUUAGAUACUCCAGAGGAGAUUGAAAAGUGGAGGGAAGAGAGGAGAAAAAACUUUCCAACCCGGGCCAAUAUUGAAAAGAAGAAAUUGUUACAAGAAGAAAAGGAGCAGAGGGGAGAAGUAUUGACAACAACACAGUUUGGAAAGAUGCAGAGGAAGUGGAAACAGCCUCCAAACAAAGCAGCUGGGAAGCAGCAGCAUGGGAAGCACAGGAAGUGGCAGAAGUGGCAUGGCGGCCGGAAAGCACCAGAGGCGGGUGAAGACGCAGCCAAAGGAGUGCCUCCUGCUGGCCCUCCGCCAGGCAGUUCUCCAGCAGAAGAGCCUCGUGUGGCCCAGAUGGAGAUCUACCAGAAGGACGUGGAUCCUCUGGGUGUACUGGCUGACAGCGAGGCUGAGUCCGAUAAGGAGGAGAAGCCAGAAAACGUCGUCAUCCCCAAGGAAGUCACAUCAGCCCUGGGCUUACUGAUGACUAACUAUGGGAACAUGUCAGGGUCAGAGAGUGAGCCAGAGGAAGCUCCCAUCAAGACAGAAGCAGAAUCUCCAGCAGAAAACCAGGUCAUCCUCAGUGAGGUCCCUCAGAAUCAAAGUCAGAAUAUCAAGAAACAAGAAAGAAACUCUCCUGUGACUAAGCCUAAGAACUUAAGGAAAAAUUGGAUGAAAAAAAAUUGUAGGUAUAGGAGAAACCUGUACAGAAAGAAGCCAAUACCGGAACCACAGAAAAGACGUCCACAACUCCUAGAGAUGCUUUUAGCACAGGACAUAAGGCAUGAAAGAAAUGUGAUUUUGCAGUGUGUUCGAUACAUCAUCCAAAAUGACUUUUUUGGACUUAACUCCAAGGCAGAGCCACUAGGAAAAACUGAGAAUGGCCAGGUGUCUGAAGUUUCAGAAUCGUGAACAUGCCUGUCCAGAAGUCUAGUGGCAUCUUGGAGGCCUGCCCUGCAAGGACAUCCAGACAGAAGGGAGGACUUUUACUCUAGCUGAUGAAUCUCAUGUAAGAUACGAUCUCGUACUCUGGAGAGCAUUUCAUCGGAGAUGCUAACAGACUCUUGGGUCUGUGCUUGCGCUGUUGGCAUCAUGCACAAGGUUUGCUGGCAGAAUUGUUUUUUCUACUUUUACUUUUCAUGCCUGGGGAAGGUCAGGGGCAUCCCACAAGUCAAUUGUGGGAUUGGAGUUUAAAAUGUGUAAGUCAGUUAAGCAGAGACUAAGAGGCAGGGAUGGGGAGGCAGGAAAAUUGUAGCUUUUAUAAAUUGUUCGCACAAUGAAGGAACAAAGUUAUUUGGCUUUUGAUGAGGGGGGAAAGAAAAGAAAUAAUGAGGUUAAAUUAGGACUGUAAAAGGGUCUUCAAAUUUACCUUAGUCCCAAGCACCUGUGUUCAAAUCUAGCUGUACUCAACCAGAUGUUGCACUUUGGAAAUGUUUCUGUAGACAUGCUCUCAACUUAUACUGUAGAUUCAACUGAAGUGUCCUUUGCUAUAUAGUUCAAGUUUGGACCAUUGUUUUUUUCUAGUGAAAAAGCAUGUAAAAUCUAAUAUUCAAUGAGGUUCAACUCAUUUAAUAGAAAAAGCAGUGUUGGCGAAAUAAUGUAAGGUAGGUCCAAAGUUUCACAUAGUUCAUCAUAAAGAUAAUAAUUUUAUCCUUAUUUUUAAAAAAUAAAUCUUUUCUGAAUAAAGCCAUUGAGGUCUCUUGCCUCUUAAGAAAAAUAACAGG